GUUAUUGCUAAGUAUGUUUCCUUCAUUCACAUACUUUCUUUUGGUAAAGCAAAUUUGAGCUGAAAAGAUGAAAUCAUCAACGUCUGAGAGUCUCUUUCGUCAAUUUUCACUUGAUGAAGCCACCGGAGAUUUCAGCGAGGAGCAUGUGAUUGGAUCAACAGCUAAGGAUCAAAAUGAAAUCGAAGUUGAUAAGCUGUCAAAGGCCUUUCCUACCACUGCCAUGAAAGAAGACGAUGUCCCUUUCAUUCUAUUCGGUGAAACAAAUGACAUUGUUGAUGAUAUGUAUAACUUCGCAAGAAUCCUGAAAAAUGGAGAGGAUGCAACAAUUGAAAGGAUCCACUACAUGCCUAAGCAUGUAUUUGAAUUUAGAGCAAAGGAUUCAGAAACAUUAUCUUUCAAGCAUGAGAACGUGGUCGAACUUGUUGUUUACAGUUUGGAUGGCAGUCAUCAGGUUUUGGCGUAUGAUUUUGCUCCACGAGGGUCCCUACACGACAUCCUUCAUCAACAGCAAGGCACAGGCUCAUGCACAAACCCAUAUCCGGCUUUAACAUGGUACCAAAGAGUCCAAAUCGCUCUUGGGGUCGCCAGGGGAUUAUGCUGCAUUCAUAGCUACGGAUCGGUCCAUCAUAACAUCAAUUCCAGGAAUAUUUUAGUUUGUGGUGAUGAAACUGCUAAGAUAAUGCAUCCUAAUCUUUGGGCUCAAUGCUACUGUCAGGACUAUUUUUCUGAGAAUAUAAGCCAUCCUAAACUAAAGGAUGAUCACGGGCGAGGUGAUGUUUACAACUUUGGUGUGAUUCUCCUUGAGCUUUUGACAGGUGGUAAAAUACUAGGGGAAGGGAACCUUGUGACAUGGGCAUUACCACAGCUGGAUUCGAACAAGGUACACGAGAUUGUGGAUGCUAGAUUAGAAGGAGAGUAUCCGCACGAGGCAGUUAAGAAGAUGGCUAAAGUUGCUCAAUCGUGCCUUGAAGAUGAAGGAUACUAUCGUCGAAAGAUGGUUAAAGUUGUACAAGAUCUUGAGCUGUGCCUUGGUGAAACCAAAUCAACUGAGACUCAGAUUGCAUCUUAAUAUGCAAGAAAGCAGGGGAGCUGAAGAUAGACGCCAUCUGAAAUGAGAGAAAUUACCUCAUGCUUAUAUCAUUUUCUUUGGAUUACAGUAUUUCCUUUCUUCUUAGAGAAAUGACAAAGUCACUUAAUAACAAUGAGAGAAACAACUUCAUGCUUAUUUCAUUUCAUUGAUCAUUGGAGCUUGGGACGUUGUGGUGUUUGGGCAGUAUCAGUUGUGAUUUUUUUUCCGGAA